AUGUGGAAACCAAAUAUUGGUGCCAAAAAAACUACUGCUUCAAAGUCGGGCUUAACUGAUAAAGAAAAGGAAUCAAUUCUAGUUGAGCAGUCCGAUAAAAACAUAGGUGGAAAAAAACAUGAAGGGAAUAUGCAAAAAGUAACAGAGCCACAAGAAGCAAAUAAAGACGGGACUGAAGUUGUUGAAUUUACAGAUUCUCCAAAUGAAAUUCCGAAGGAUCACUCAAAUACAUAUUGCAAAGAUAGAAUUAAGGCUACAAAUGAUGAAGGUCAGGAUAGGACAGAGGAUGAAGAUAAUCUAAAGCAACCAACUCAUCGCAACAACAUUGAUGGGGAGCUACCAAUUGAAGAUGAUCUAAAUCAGCACAACCAACAAAAACAAAAUGUUGUUUUUGAACCGGUGAUAACAAAUACCUUUAAGGUUUUGCAUGCGGAUUUGAUUGAGGAGAAUGUCGAUGAGUCUAUGCGUAAAGAAGAUGAUUCAGAAGAUGGCUUACUAGUAGUUGGAAUGGCAGGCACUCUGAAACACGUAGAUGCGAAAAAACAACUCAUGAUAGAAAUUACAGGAAAUUUUGAAAAAAUCCUGGCUCAAGUUGCAAAGGGUGAGGAACCGGAAUUUAUCUCUGCACAUUAA